AUGACAUCAAGAAUAAUUAAACCUACUCGUAUUUAUUUUACAACCUUUCCUCGGAAUAUCAGAACUCCUCAAGAAGCUCUAAUUCUUUAUUCGUUUUUCAAAGAAAAAGGACCUUUGAUAGAAUUCAAAUUUGCGCGGGAUUUAGAAAGCAAAAGGAUGUUUCGUUUCGGAUGGGUUAGCUAUAAAGAUGAAAAAGUUUCCGAAAAAUUAUUAGCAGACGAAAUUCAUACCUUGCCAGAACCUUUGGACUUCGACAUAAAGGUCCAAAAAUCGACCGAAACACCAGUGCGUAAUGAUCGCUUCGAACGAGGAGCAUAUCGAAUGUAUUUAGAAAGAUUUAAAGGAUUUUACACUCAGAAUGAUUCAGAAGUGCAUAGCGCUAAAAUUGAUCCAGAAGUGCAUAGCGCUAAAAUUGAUCCAGAAGAGCAUAGCGCUAAAAUUGAUCCAGAAGUGCAUAGCGCUAAAAUUGAUCCAGAAGUGCAUAGCGCUAAAAUUGAUCCAGAAGUGCAUAGCGCUAAAAUUGAUCCAGAAGUGCAUAGCGCUAAAAUUGAUCCAGAAGUGCAUAGCGCUAAAAUUGAUCCAGAAGUGCAUAGCGCUAAAAUUGAUCCAGAA